GCAGCUGCGCUUCCAGUACGCCCUAUGCGCCUCGUGUUGACCCGUGCUGACCCUCCGUCGAGUGGAGCUCGUGUUACGCGCGAGUUUAGGGAAGGAGACUCCGAGGUCACUAUUCCUGGCGCUCCGUCCAACGUCUCUAAACAGGCUGAUGGCUUAUACGUCGAUGUGAAUGAGCCCCCCCGGCGCCCUAAGACGGACAACAUGAGCAAGGAGAUGAAGGCCCGGCUGCGUGCGGAGUACACUGGCCUAGGCGGAGCAGAGAACAAGGCGAUGUCCUCCAACUACUUCUUGUGGAUCUCGAUUAUUGUGGCGUUGCUGGCUAUCAGCUCCAAGUUGAUCGGCGCCAUCUGAUUUGAAGAAAUCCACUGAUCUGAUUUGUUUUUUUUGUUAUGAUCUGGUUUCUUUGGCCUGGGUCGGGCAUGGGCGGCUGGUGCCGAAUGGGCCUCAUGGAAGGGGGGAGGAGGGGCGGAGGGAUUUGUGGAAGAGGAGGGAGAAACGGAGGAGAAGAGGGAGGGGAGGAUGAGUCGCAGAGAGAGG